GAUCAAUUCAAAGUUUUGAUCUUCUAAACACAUACAAAACGGCGUCGUUCAACGUUCACCGCCUGCAUGAAACAUAAGAAAAAUCAUAUCCCUUUUGUACCCUCAAAUCACAACAACCACUUCCACGCCUCUUUCUCCUCCAUUCUCUCUCUCUCUCUCAACCAAACCCUAGCCAAAUCAAAACAAACACCUUCCACCCAAUCUCCACCUGAUCCUCCAUACCUUUCACACAGGUUGAGUUUAAUCAUAAAUGUUUGAUUGAUGGAUGAUGAUAGUAGAAACUGAUAAGAUGUCUGCUCCUUCACCGCGGGAGCGUGCACAGCGCCUUUUUGAUAAGAACCUUGAAUUGGAGAAAAAGCGCCGUAGAUCAGCUCAGGCGCAUGUUCCGUCAGAUCCCAGUAUUUGGCCACAGCAGCGUGAGAACUUUGAAGCAAUAAUUCUUGAGGAUCAUGCUUUUUCUGAGCAGCACAAUAUUGAGUAUUCCCUUUGGGUAUUACAUUAUAAACGGAUUGAAGAGUUAAGGGCACAUUUCAAUGCUGCUAUUUCGUCUGCAAGCUCAAAAUCACCUCAGGGAGGGAAAGGUUCUGUACGACCUGAGCGGAUAACUAAAAUAAGGCAGCAGUUGAAGACAUUCCUUUCAGAAGCAACUGGGUUUUACCAUGAUCUUAUCAUGAAAAUCAAAGCCAAGAAUGGGCUUCCUCUGGGUUACUUUGAGGACUCAGAGAAUCUGAUUGUGAUGGAGAAAGAUGGAAAGAAAUCUGCCGAGAUGAAGAAAAGUUUGAUAUCUUGUCAUCGUUGUUUGAUAUACUUGGGUGAUCUUGCUCGCUACAAAGGAUUGUACGGUGAAGGGGACUCAAAAAAGCGUGAGUUCGCAGCAGCUUCUAGUUACUAUUUACAAGCUGCGUCUAUCUGGCCUUCAAGUGGAAAUCCCCACCAUCAGCUUGCUUUGUUGGCUUCAUAUUCUGGUGAUGAGCUGGCAGUUAUUUAUCGUUAUUUUCGGAGUCUGGCUGUGGAUAGUCCAUUUACAACUGCUAGAGAAAAUUUAAUAGUUGCAUUUGAGAAGAAUCGACAAAGUUACUCUCAGCUUUCUGGUGAUGCUAAAGCUGUUGCAGUCAAGGAAUCUUCUGGACAGUUAGAUGGCAAAGGAAGAGGGAAGAUAGAAGCAAAACUUGUGACUAGGGGUAAUGGUGUGGAAGCAUAUCCUAGAAAGGAAGGAGCAUCCAACAUACAGGAGACUUACAAAUCGUUCUGUACUCGCUUUGUACGUCUAAAUGGAAUCCUGUUCACUCGUACAAGUCUUGAGACCUUCGCUGAAGUUCUCUCUCUUAUUAGCAAUGGCCUGCGCGAGCUUCUGUCUUCGGGUCAAGAUGAAGAACUUAAUUUUGGCCAGGAUGCUCUUGAGAAUGGUCUUGCCAUUGUCAGAAUUAUUUCCAUUAUCGUCUUUACAGUUCAUAAUGCGAAGAAGGAAUCUGAAGGUCAAACUUAUGCAGAAAUUGUACAGCGGGCUGUUCUACUUCAAAAUGCAUUCACUGCAGCUUUCGAACUGAUGAGUAUUAUUAUAGACAGAUGCGUGCAGCUGCAGGAUCCUUCUUGUAGUUUUCUUCUACCAGGCAUUUUGGUUUUUGUUGAGUGGUUGGCAUGUUAUCCCGAUCUUGCUGCAGGCAAUGAUGUGGAUGAGAAUCAAUCAACUGUUAGAUCAAAAUUUUGGAAUCAUUGUAUUUCCUUCUUGAACAAGCUUCUUUCAGUUGGGCCUAUGUCUAUUGGGGAUGAAGAGGAGACUUGCUUUAAUAACAUGAGUAGGUAUGAAGAAGGGGAAACAGAUAACCGUCUGGCUUUGUGGGAGGACUUUGAGUUAAGAGGAUUUGUUCCACUUAUCCCUGCACAAACAAUCUUGGAUUUUUCUAGGAAGCAUUCAUUUGGAAGUGAUAGAGAAAAAGAAAGAAAAUCCCGGGUCAAAAGGAUUUUAGCUGCAGGAAAGGCUUUAGCUAACAUUGUUCGGAUUGAUCAGAAAAGGAUAUAUUUUGAUUCAAAGGGAAAGAAAUUCAUAAUUGGUGUUGAGCCUAGUAUCUCAGAUGAUUUUGUUCUUGCCACUGGCAAGCCUAUUGCAGAUGACUUGGUGAAAGAAAAUGAAGCAGACAAGCCAAAGUCGGGGAUUGCUCAGUCAGACCACCACCAGUAUCUGGAAGAAGAGGAUGACGAUGAUGAUGAGGUUAUUGUUUUUAAACCUAUAGUAGCCGAGAAGCGAGCUGAUGUUUUGGUUGUUUCAUCAGGGGUAACUCACAGAGGUUUAGAGCCGGUCCCAGUAGCUUCAGGAGUGGAUGUUAAAUUUAAUGUUAAUUCUGCUUUCCACCCUCCCAAUGAUGUGGACCUUCAAACUUCUUUACCUGCUUCUGUUAGUUGUAUGAUGCCUCAAAGCUUGCAACCAGUUCAGCAGCAUUCUUCAAGGUGGCUAGAGGGGGGAGUUUCUCUGGUUAACAGUUUUGAAGGUCUUGGGUUCUCGGAGAAUGGGCAUGUUGUAAAACCUAAGCUCCCACUGCAUGAAGCUUUAUCAAUCUUUAACGACGCAUCACUUUCUGUUCCUUUCCAGCAAUCUGUAAGUACUGGGACUAAAUCAUUUUAUGGUCUCCCAAAAACUGAAGACUCGAUGAUACCAUCCAAAGUUGAUACUGUUGCAUCUUCUGGAGUCAUUACGGAUAACUCUUAUGUGAAGUCAUUGUCAGUUUCGCAAGCUGAUUUGAGAAAAUCUCCAGUUAGCCGUCCUUCUAGGCACCGUGGACCUCCUCCUGGUUUCAGUCAUGUUUCUCCUAGGCUUGAUAUGGAAUCCACUGUUUCAGAUUCAAUUAGUGGGAAUCCUGUUAUGGAUGACUACAGUUGGUUGGAUGGAUAUCAGUUGCCUGCAUCAACCAAAGGUUCAGGCCCCGAUGGUCCUAUUGCUUAUACUCAAUCAAAUUCCCAUCUAGUAAAUCACAAUAUUUCGAGUGGGGCAGUUUGCUUUCCUUUUCCUGGAAAACAAGUUCCAUCUGCACUGCAGGGGGUCAAACAGAAUGGUUGGCAAGAUUAUCAUAGUACUGAGAUUUUAAAUGCACACCAUCAUCAGCCACAACAACCUAUCACAAAUGGAAAUCAACACUUUACUCCACUGCCUGAGCAAUUUCAAGGACAGUCAAUCUGGACAGGUCGUUACUUUGUGUGAUGUCGGUUUAUGAAUAUUGAUGGUUCUUGAAGGGUGCUUACAAAUAUUCCAACUCAGCUCCUUGUCAGUGAAUGUUGUUGGAGUAUAUUUGGCCUAGGCUUAUUGCAGGAACUUGCUACUCCAAAAGUUUUUACUGAGCUCUAAAGACCAAAGGAAGGAAGAUAAGCAAACAUGUUUACAGUUCAAAGUUUGUAAGUAAAUGCCUUUUCUGGUUGGCGGUGGAUAGUAGAAGGUGAUAUAAAAGAAUAUCCAGUUUUUAUGGAGCGUGUAUCUUCUGGGAUUGGUGGUAUGCCUAUGGUUGUUCACUUUCUGGAAGUGUCUUAAUGGUGCAUUUGUAAUGUAAGAAAUUUUACCACCAAUCUAGCUGCCUAUGGUACCUAAUGCUAGCCCUUUUCUUUCCCAAAGCUUCAGAUUAAUUGGGGAAGCUGAUAGGUUUAAAGUGGUUGUCUGAAGUUUGGAUAUUAAGAUAUGCUAAUGGUGUUGUCGGGCAUGCUCCAGUAUGUACCUGACUUCAUGUGUUUAGGGGUUGCAAUUUCUUUAAGGUUCUUAUAUUUUGUUUGUGUGACGAGUGAUAUAAGCUCACUUUUCUAUUUUAUUCCCAAGUCAGGAUUUACUUGAACUUUAUAUAUAAAUAAUGCCCAUUGAAUUGCUGGCCGCUGAUAUCUUCAUAUACUCCCCGCAGAUAUGAUGUAUCUAUCUAUAAUAAGAUGAUUUAGUUCAUUUA